AUGGCUUCUCUAGCAGAGUGGUGGCUGAACACCAGCUGUCCUGUCGCCGGCCUCCCCUCACUGCGCGCCGUUGCGAUCCUCUCAGCCUACGUCGCCUUUCUCAUAGUAGCAGGCGAGAUUCUUCCCGGAAAAGUGUUUCCUGGAACAGUUCUCGCUGACGGUACCCGCCUCCAUUACAAAUGCAACGGCUUCCGCGUUCUCCUGCUCCUCCUCGCUCUCCUCGGCUACGGCGUCCAAUCCGGACAUCUCUCCGCGACCAUCGUCGCCGAUCUAGCUGGCGAACUUUUCGCGACGACUUUCGCCUUCACAGUACUCCUCUCCCUCGCACUCUACCUCGCGGGAGUCUUUUCAACCAACGCCAAAUCUUCCUCCCUGAAACCUAAAUUCCACGGCAACUUUAUCAGCGAUUUCAUCUACGGCGUGCAGCUAAACCCGUCCGUGUUCGGGCUCGAUCUCAAGUUCUUCUGCCUGCGACCCGCGAUGAUGGGAUGGCUUCUGAUCAACCUCUCCAUCGCAGCGAAGCAGCAUGAGCUUCUGCUGAAACUCCCCGACAACUCACACGCGAUCACCCUCGCCUCGUUGAACCUCACCUCCAUUCUUCCCGCCAGCGUCGCCAGCAGCAGCAUCGCCACCCUCCCUAUUAUCACGCUUCCCAUGUUCCUGUAUCAGGUCUUCACCGCUAUUUAUGUCCUGGACUAUUUCUGGUUCGAAGAGUACAUGACGUCUACGUGGGACAUUAUUGCCGAGAAUUUCGGCUUCAUGCUGGUUUUCGGGGAUUUGAUCUGGAUCCCUUUCACCUUCUCCGUCCAGGCAUGGUGGCUGCUGGCCCACGGCACUGCUCGCGACAGUAUCGCAGCGACCGUUUCUCUGCCCUUCGCUAUUGUCACAGUCGCGGUUUUCGUUGUCGGCUACGCCGUGUUCCGUGGUGCCAACCGCCAGAAGCACAUAUUCAAGCACGACCCAACGGCUAAAAUCUGGGGUAAAACACCCCGUGUUGUUGGCGGCAGGCUGCUGGUUUCGGGUUACUGGGGCAUAGCUCGCCAUUGCAACUACUUGGGAGAUUUGAUGCUGGCUCUUUCUUACAGCCUGCCAUGUGCUUUCUACUCCCUCUGCCCGUACUUCUACCCUAUCUAUCUGCUCAUCCUUCUGCUUUGGAGAGAGCGCCGGGAUGAGGCUCGGUGCCGGGCCAAGUACACGGAGCUCGCUCGGCUGACACUGAAGUUCCGGCAGAUUCUCCUCUCGCUCUUCUCUCCGAAUCCCAACUCAUUCGCCAUUCGCCUCUCGCAUUCGUGCGCGUCUGCCGCUGUCGUUCGUUCUCCUGAAAGGAACAGUUUUGAGCCGUCUUUUGAGACGCAUCAAAAGUCGUCUGCCUCUGUCGUUCGUUCUCCUCGAACAGUUUCAAGCCCGGCAGUUUCUAGCGUGCCUCCCUCUCGCUUGUUUUUGGAACACCACCUCUCAACCGUCGCACUCCUUCUCACCCUUAUCACCCCCCUCAUUCCUCUCACUCCUCUCACCCCUCUCAUCCCUCACACCCUCCUCAUCCCUCUCACUCCUCCACCCCUCUCACUGUGCCGUGCAUUCCUCAGGUAUCCUCGAACAAACCAAGCCGUCGCAAGUCGUUCGCCGCUCGCAGCCGCCAGAAACACCGCACUCUCCCGCACGUCCCCCUCACGUGCCUCCAUUCUUGGAAAUCAAACCCCUCAAAUUGGAAAGCACCAUGUCAAGACGCGGGUGAGGGUGGCAGCGGUGGCGACAGGCGAGCAGGGGGAGGAGGGGGAUGCAGUGUGCCUGGCAGCGGCUGAUCGCCCUCCGUUCGACCUCAAUCUGGCGGUGCUGCUGGCGGGAUUCGCGUUUGAGUCGUACAACACCCCGCAGGAGGACAAGGACACUCUGUGGGAGCAGGACGUGGGGGGCUGUCGCACCAUCUUCACAUCCUACGGCUUUGCCUACGAGCUCUACUCCGGCCAACUCAUCGUGACCGUCCAAUCCGCCUCUGACGUGCCAGCCGUCGAUCUCUGGGUGGGUGAAAGCCUGGGGCCUUACCGUUAUCUGCUCUGCACGAGUCAAGUGAAGGGGCUGAACGCCAUGCUGCAUUGGGCAUGGCUGGGUCUGCCUGCACUCAUUCUCGUUGCUUCGUACUCUGCCCACUCCGCCCCCUGCCAGGGCACCAGCGACCCCUACAUGCAGGCAUCAGUGGGCGAGGGGUCUGGCACCAGCGACCCCUACGUGCAGGCAUCAGUGGGCGAGGCGUCUGCGCGCACACGCACCAUUUGGACGAGCACGGCGCCAGAGUGGAAUGAGGAGAUUCGCCUGCUGGUGAAAGCAGAUGACACCUCCACCCAGUACCUCAAGGUGCAGAUUUCCUCUAGAUUCAUCUCCUGUCCAGAUUCUAGAUUCUUCUCUUUGCUCUCCUCUUCCAACAUUUCCUUCGUCUCCCCAGGCGAGACUCACGAGCAGGAGGUUGCACUGGAGGGGCCGGGAGGAGGGGCCACGCUCAAGCUAGCAGUGCGCUACCGCAGCUUUGCAGAGCUGGCAGAGGAGGAGAGGAGGAGGCAGAAAUAUCCUAGUGCUAGCUCGGAUCAGACCCGCAUGUUGCACCGCACCCUUCUUCCUCCCUCCCUACCAGGUGGCGUCUGCCCUCUCUUCCCAGACCAUCACCUGGUAGAAGAUGAUGGAACAACAUUUUCUCAGCCCAGGUGGCGCCUGCCCUCUCUGGAUGACAUAUUGUGGCGCCUGCCCUCUCUCGAUGACAUCUUCUCAGGCCAGCUCCCUCUGGUCUCCGGAUUUCAAGACGUUAUCACUUCAGCCCUGCAACCUUCCUCCUCCACACCUGCUGCCGACUCCACCCCUGCUCCCACCGACGGCUCGGCUCCCGCUACCAGCCAACCGUCGCCGGCCAUUUCCACGUACGAGUUUGUCCGGUCUGCCAUCCAGCAAUUCGGAGCCCCAUCCGCCUUCCCAACGAGUCUGGAUAAGAUCCGAGACUCGGUCGUCCCAACCCAAUCCGCGCCACAAGCAGCAGCAGCAGCAGAAGCAACAGGGUCUGCUGAAAUCACUGCAGAAAAUGCUGACACUGGUAGCAGUGAGAACAGUGGCAGGGAGGAGCAGGUGAGGCAGGCAGUGGGGUUGGCGAGGGAGGUGCUACUCAGGGCAGGCUGGAUCCCGCCAGGUGGCACCCUGGACCAGCUCAGUCAGGCGGUAAUGAGUGGUACUGACAGUGGCACUGGUGCCUCUGGCAGCAGUUCAAGCAGCAGCAGCAACAGCGAAUCUGCCCCUGCUGCUGCUUCUGGUGGGUUUGAUCUGGGCUCUGCUGCAUCAGCUGCAGCAGGAGGGUUGCUGGAGGGGGCAGCAGGCGCAGUGGCGGGAAGGAUAGAGCAGCGGCGAGCGGAGCUGAGGAGAAGCCUCACAGACAUGGGCAUCACCCUGCCCUGGUACGACCAGAAGAACGGGCAAGGGGCAGACGGACAGAGCAGCAGCUCUGAUGCAGCGGCAGCAGCAGGCGAUUUUCUGGAGGGGGCUACGAGCGCGUUGGUGGGGCGGAUAGAGCAGCGGCGAGCCGAGCUGAGGAAGAGCCUUGUGGACCUCGGGAUUACCCUGCCUUGGUAUGACCAGAGCAGCGGGCAAGGGGUAGAUGGGGAAGGGACAGUCAGGCAGGCAAGCCCCGCUACAGAUGUGACUGCUUCCCAAGAGCCGUCCUCCUUCUCGUCCUCCCUGGAUGAUCUUCGCAAGGCGGCUUUCCGGCAGACUGAGGGCGUGCUGGGGUCGCUCGCCCUGCUUGGCAGCACAGCUGGCAGCCUGCCAUUGGCCGAGGGGGAGAAGAAGAGCGCAGGAGCAGCUAAGUCCGAAGGGGAAACUGGUGGGGAGGAGAGUGAGGGAGCGAGAGAAGGAGCGAGUGAGGGAGUGAGUGAAGGAGCGAGUGAGGUAGUGAGUGAGGAGGAGACAGAGGAGGCGCUGCGCAUGUUUGGGAGUGCAGAGACGGCGGUGGAGGCAUGGACCAUGCUGGCGAGCUCUCUCGGGCAGCAGACGUUUGUCAAGUCGGAGUUUGAUAAGGUCUGCUUCGUGGACCACCCACAGUCGGACACUCAAGUGGCGGUGUGGAGGGAUGUGCGGAGGAAGAGGAUUGUGGUGGCUUUCAGAGGCACAGAACAGAGAGUGAGGGGGAGUGUGGUGGGGGAGACAGUAUGGAGAGCAGAGACAGUAGUGGAUGGAGGCGUGGAGGCAUGGACCAUGCUGGCGAGUUCCCUCGGCCAGCAGACGUUCGUCAAGUCGGAGUUUGAUAAAGUGUGCUUCAUGGACCACUCGCAGUCCGAUGGUCUUCUGACUAAGGCCAAGGACUUACUUACAGACAUCUCGCUCUCUCCCUCCAGCCUGGACUUCGAGCGAACCUCGUCGGGCGAUUUUGACCAGGAUGUCAUGGUGCAUGGGGGUUUCCUUGCUGCAUACGACUCUGUGCGCGCUCGCCUGCGCUCCCUCAUUGCCAUCAUCACCGACCCCAACCGCCCUACACCGCUCACCGCUCGUUCUGCUGAUGCUGAUGCUGGUGCUGAUGGGGACUCCUCAAUCCAUGCAGCUGACAGCCUAUCAGAGGGUGACACGUGGCGGGUGUACCUGACCGGUCACAGCCUGGGAGGAGCCCUGUCGACCCUCUUUGCCUACGAGCUCUCCCAGUCCAACAUGGUCAGGGAGCGCAACAUCCAUCUCACCAUGUACAACUACGGCUCCCCUCGCGUGGGCAAUGCGGCCUUCGUUGCCAGAUUCAACGUGUACAUGCGUGACAGCUGGCGCAUUGUGAAUCGAGCUGACAUUGUCCCCACAGUGCCCAAGCUAAUGGGGUACCGCCAUGUGUGCUGCCCUGUCUACCUCAGCCCAGGAGGGCCCUCAGGUGACCUUCAGUCGGAUGCAUCACAGGAGCAGCUAGGAGUGGAUGAUGGGUACGCAGCCGAGGUGGUGGGGGAGGCGAACGCCAACGACAUCCUAGAGGACUAUCCGAGGUGCCGAGGUGGUGGAGGAGGCCAAUGCCAACGACAUCCUAGAGGACUAUCCGAGGUGGUGGGGGAGGCCAAUGCCAACGACAUUCUAGAAGACUAUAUGAAGGGCGAGCGGCGGCUGAUCGACCGGCUGUUACAGACGGAAGUGGCGAUGCUGUCGGCCCUGAGGGAUGGAUCCGCCAUCAUGAUGCACAUGGAGGACUUUUAUUACAUCGCUCUGCUCAAGAAAGUGCGAGAGAGCCUGGGUGUUUCUCACCAUGGCGUUCCCUACACUCCCGCAGCGUCCUCCGCUCCUCCUGGUCCCACUCGCGCUGCUGCUGCUCUCAUCGGCGCACCUCCGCUCCUCCUGGUCCCACUCGCGCUGCUGCUGCUCUCAUCGGCGCACCUCCCCCUCCGCGCGCGCGCGCGCAGCAGUGCUCCGCCACCACGCUUUGCGUCAACAACCUUUGCCGCAGCGCUGCGGGCUAUUGCGGCUCCACCCCCGAUUACUGCAGCGCUGGCUGCCAAUCUGGGCCGUGCGGGGGAAACAAUUCCGCCCCCGCUCCCCCUUCCAGCGGCGCCCCUCCCCCGUCAUCUGGUUCCGCUCAGUGCGGAGCAGCAAACGGCAACAGCGUCUGUCCGAACAACCUCUGCUGCAGCACUGCGGGCUAUUGCGGCUCCACCGUCGAUUACUGCGGCGCCGGCUGCCAAUCCGGGCUGUGCGGAGGAAACAACUCCGCGGCCUUCCCCCCUUCCGGUGCCCCUCCCCCUUCCGUUCGUCUCAAUCCGCCCAACAGCCAUGGCCUCCACACUCGCUGCUCGUCAGGUCCUUUCAGGAAUUUCCUUCAGCUCUGCCGUCAGAGGCACCGAGAUUGCUACCCGCAGCCUCCCCGCUCUUCCCCUACCAGUCGCGCCCCGCGGACUCGGCGUCACCGCGCUCUUCAGGUCGCGCAAAGCCGCCGUACCCGCGAAGAGCGUCCCCGCGACGAAGCUGCGCACAGAGGACGGCAUUUUCGGCACGUCGGGCGGGUUCGGAUUCACUAAGGCGAACGAGCUGUUCGUGGGGCGCGUGGCCAUGCUGGGCUUCGCAGCGUCGCUGCUGGGCGAGGCGAUCACGGGCGCGGGCAUUCUAUCGCAGCUCAACAUCGAGACGGGCAUCCCCAUCACUGAAACCGAGCCGCUGCUACUCUUCUUUAUCGCAUUCACUGUGCUCGGCGCGAUCGGCGGGCUGGGCGACCGCGGGCGAUUCGUGGACGACGACGCGCCUGCGGGUCCGCCGGUGAAGCCGGGGAGCUUCAAGGCGGCGCUGGGGUUGAGCGAGGACGGGCCUCUGUUCGGAUUCACCAAGGCUAACGAGCUGUUCGUGGGGCGGCUGGCGCAAUUAGGGUUUGCGGCGAGCCUGAUCGGCGAGGUGAUUACGGGCAGGGGCGCGCUGGCGCAGCUGAACAUCGAGAUCGGCGUGCCCGUGUGGGAGCUCGAGCCGCUGCUGCUCGCUAGCGUCGCCUUCUUCUUCGUCGCCGCCAUCAACCCCGGUACAGGGAAAUUCAUUAACGACGACGAGUGA